AUGGCUACUGCCUUGCCCACAUUGCUGCACUUCACGCUUGUCCUGCUGGGCAUCAUAUUAUUAAUUCCCCAAGCUGCUGAAGCGUUGGAUUUGGUAUUCAAUAAUUCUGCGGAAGGAACCGCCGGCGGCGACCGAUUCGAUCAACAGAUUAGAGAGGGUGGAGCUUUGGAAAUUAUGAACUCCUCCAUUAUCUUCAUCUGGAAUACCUUCGGCCAGCAAUCAGGCGUAGAUAGGAAGAACGUGACGAAGGUUACCCUGAUCGUGGAAAGCAUGGAUGGAAUUGCAUAUGCCAGCGGAGAUGAAAUUCAUUUGAGUGCAGAAUAUGUGGGUAACUAUAGUGGAGACGUGAAGACAGAAAUUAGAGGAGUUUUAUACCAUGAGAUGACACACGUGUGGCAGUGGGACGGGAAUGGAAAUGCUCCCGGUGGGUUCAUCGAAGGGUUUGCAGAUUAUGUUCGUCUCACCGCUGGGUUGGCUCCUUCUCACUGGAUUAAGCCCGGAAGUGGAGAUAGAUGGGACCAUGGCUAUGAUGUUACUGCCUAUUUCUUGCAGUACUGUGAGAGUAUUAGGGCUGGUUUUGUUGCCUGUAUGAAUGCUAAAUUGAAGGGCGGAUGGGAUAUCAGAUUCUUCAAUGAUCUUACUGGGAAAUCCGUGGACCAACUUUGGAAGGACUACAAGGCUAUAUAUUCGUCUUCCACUUAA